UCUACUUGUCUCAACUGGUGUGGUAGUAUCGAGAAGCGCCGGGCCAGCAAAAACGUAAUUGAAUGUAUAAGAAAAGAUCAUCCUGUAGAUUAUGGCUAAGACGCCUAUGGGUUUAAGAACGGAAAUGCAAUUAUCACGAGUAUCCUGAGACCUUCUAUUAUACUGGUUUGCAAUCUCUCUACCACAACUUAUAUCGUCGGUGAACAAUAAAAUUCCCACAUCUCAAAAAAUGGCAUUUUGCAGAAC